AUGAAGUCUGCAAUACCUGUUCUAGAAGAUGCUAUUAUUUACGUGGCCCUAACAUCCAUUUUUCUGGCUCGGACAAUUUAUGAAAACUGAAUAUGCAGUCUUAAAGUAGAAUGUGGAUCUAAAUACCUAGAAGCACUCCCCUCUGUAAGAUCUGUAACAAAAAAUACUACGAAUUGAGUUAGUAGUUCUAAUGGGAUGGUGGACCCAAGAGCCAUAUUAGCGGCAAGAUGGCAGAAUUCAUAUAGCAUCAAAGUUGGCCUGUAAGAGAUUUGGUGCCUAAUGAUGUCUGAAGAAAAUAUGAAACUACCUCAGCCACCUGAAGGACAGUGUUACAGCAACUGA